AUGGCUGACCAUCAGAUUGGCCACUUGCUCGACAGGACGUCUUCAGAGGAUAUUCUCGGCCUGGCAAAAUCUACACAAGAAACAACCUCGGAGCUAGCCCACUUGGAAUCACAACUCGCUUCUUUACAAAAUACCCUGGAGCAACGGGACCAAUGGCACCCUUUAGCUCAGCCAAGCGCCAUCCCUUGCUCGACAGAUUUCCUCGACUUGUCUGACCUAAGCACGGCCGUGGGGUUACUCGCGGACAUCGUCAAGUAUUCUGAUCCGGGCACCCGACUAACACCGCAGGAGACUUUUGCCAAAAGAGAGUGGACCUGGGAUCCGCUGUGGCGCGAGUUCUUCUCUUCUUCCCUGCCUACAGACGGCGAGCCUGCAACUGCACUGUACCUUUCCCGCUGGUACUUCGAUGCGCGCCGCGAAAUAUGGCAACAUGCUAAUAUGGCCGAGUCUGAAAUAAUGCCCGACGAUGCGCAGCUGCGGCUCGGCAGCUGGGAGGAUUGGCAGUGGGAUACGCGAUGUGGUGAGUGGGGUUUAGACGUUAGCUACGAACUAGAAGAUCUAGAGCUGGUGGCCGGUGCAAAGUUGUGGGUUUUCGCGAGUAAGUGGCAGGAGAGGGAGGGUGUGUGGGUGUAUGUUGGAGCCCGGGGCGAGUGA